AUGACACAGGGAAAGCUCUCCGUGGCUAACAAGGCCCCCGGGACAGAGGGGCAGCAGCAGACGAAUGGUGAGAAGAAGGAGACUCCGGCAGUGCCCUCGGCCCCGCCCUCCUAUGAGGAGGCCACCUCUGGGGAGGGGCUCAAGGCAGGAGCCUUCCCCCCAGCCCCCUCGGCUAUGCCUCUCCACCCCAGCUGGGCCUAUGUGGACCCUAACAGCAGCUCCAGCUAUGAGAGUGGCUUCCCCACCGGAGACCAUGAGUUCUUCACCACCUUCAGUUGGGACGACCAGAAGGUUCGCCGAGUCUUCAUCAGAAAGGUCUAUACCAUUCUGCUGAUUCAGCUGCUGGUGACCCUGGGUGUCGUGGCUCUCUUUACCUUCUGUGACCCCGUUAAGGACUAUGUCCAGGCCAACCCAGGCUGGUACUGGGCAUCCUACGCUGUGUUCUUUGCGACCUACCUGACCCUGGCCUGCUGUUCUGGACCCAGGAGGCAUUUCCCCUGGAACCUGAUCCUCCUGACCAUCUUUACCCUGUCCAUGGCCUACCUCACUGGAAUGUUGUCCAGUUACUACAACACCACGUCUGUGCUGCUGUGCCUGAGCAUCACGGCCCUCGUCUGCCUCUCGGUCACCGUCUUCAGCUUCCAGACCAAGUUCGACUUCACAUCCUGCCAAGGUGUGCUCUUCGUGCUGCUCAUGACCCUCUUCUUCAGUGGGCUCAUCCUGGCCAUCCUCCUGCCCUUCCAAUAUGUGCCCUGGCUCCACGCAGUGUAUGCCGUGCUGGGAGCAGGCGUUUUUACAUUGUUCCUGGCAUUUGACACCCAGUUGCUGAUGGGUAGCCGACGCCACUCGCUGAGCCCCGAAGAGUAUAUUUUUGGAGCCCUCAACAUUUAUCUAGACAUCAUCUAUAUCUUCACCUUCUUCCUGCAGCUUUUUGGCACCAACCGGGAAUGA